AUGGCACCUUCAGAAGAAAAUCCCAAAACUAUGCUUGCAGUAUAUGCCGCCAGCGGUAACGAUGAGACUCCUCUUGCCGGUCUCAAAAUUGGCCAAGUACCUUUGCCUACGCCUCCAGAAGGCUGGGUACGGGUUAAACUUCUCGCAGCGAGCGCCAAUUACCAUGACAUAUUCACGCUUAAAGGCUUCGGUGUCCAUCCCAUCAAAUUCCCACGCAUCAUCGGUUGCGAAGGCGUUGGAAUAUUGGAAGAUGGAAGAAAAGUGGUUGUUUAUCCGUUUAUGACUACGCCAGAUUAUAUCGGCGACGAAACUCUUGAUCCAGGUCGCCAUGCUCUCUCAGAAAUCACUGAAGGAACUCUUGCGGAAUACUUUAUCAUCCCAGCAAAGAACGUGGUGCCUUUGCCAGCCGGAAUGGAUGUCACCUCGGGAGCUGUGCUUGGAAUUGCUUGGCUCACUGCCUAUCGUAUGCUUUUUACGAAAUCUGGCUUGCGAGCUGGACAGACGAUGCUUGUGCAAGGAAGCUCGGGUGGUGUCAGCACAGCUCUAAUCCAGCUUGGAACGGCGGCAGGCAUGCGUGUUUGGACCACUGGCCGCACGGCUGAGAAGAGGCAGCUCGCUCAAUCUCUUGGCGCAGAGAAGACGUUUGAGCCUGGGGAGAAACUCCCUGCUCAAGUCGAUGCCGUCUUCGAUACGAGCGGAGCCGUGACCUGGAAGCACUCAAUGGCCUCUGUUAAGCCGGGUGGAACAAUUGUCAGCUGCGGUGGCCAUGGCGGGUUUGAACUGCCUACUGAUUCAAUGCGUCUGUUUGUUGACUCGUUGAGCAUCCAUGGCGUGUAUGCGGGGUCAUUUCAAGAGUUUAAGGACCUUAUCUCGGUUGUGGCUGCAAAGGGCAUCAAACCCUACAUUGGCAAGAUUCUUCCACUGUCUCAAGGUGAAGAAGCGAUCAAGUUACUUAUUGAGGGGAAAACGCAAGGCAAGGUGGUGUUGACAGCAGGCAGUGAAGUAGCAUGA